AUGUCUGCCAAGGCUUCCUCGUCCAACGUCCGCCUCGUGUCUGCCUCGUACGGCAAGGAUCUGGUCCGCAUCUUCCGCAUCGUGCGUGAUUCCAAGGACCCUUCGUCGCAUCGUGUCGCCGAGUACACCGUGCGCUGCUUGCUCCACGGUGAGAGCCUCACACCCUCGUACACCGAAGCGGACAAUUCGCCCGUCGUCGCCACCGACACGGUGAAGAACACGCUCAAUUACCUCGCCAAGGUGCUGCCGGCCGAAGACGUCCUCUGCCCCGAGCGAUACGCCCUCAACGUGGUCAACCACUUCCUCUCCACCUACUCGCAUAUCGAAAAGACCGAGGUCGAUCUCAUCCAACACAAGUGGACGCGCAUCGUCUUGGAUCAGAAGGAUGGCGGCGCCCACAAGCACAGCUUUGUCCGCGACGGCGAGGAGAAGCGCACCGUGCGAGCGCUAGGAGAGCGAUCCGGCAGCGAGAUCAACGUGACCACGCUCGAAGGCGGCAUCAAGGGUCUGCUGGUGCUCAAGAGCAGCGGAAGCGCCUUCUACGGCUUCCACAGGGACAGUUUCACCACGCUCAAGGAAGUGCGCGACCGCAUCUUUUCUACGGAGGUCGAAUGCUCCUACUCGAUCGCUGUGCCUAAGGGGGGACUCACUGCUGUGCUCAAGAACGCAUCGUCCUUGCCGCACUUUUGCGAGAUCCAGUCUUCGGUCAAGUCGCACAUCCUGCGCGUGUUUUCGCUCGAUGACUCGGCGAGCGUCCAGGCGACCAUGUACCGCAUGGGCGAGGCCAUCCUCGGCGACGCUGCCAACACGACGGUGCAGGAUGUCUCGUUCGCAUUGCCCAACAAGCAUUACAUCCCCAUCGACUUGGGCUUCAAGGGUCUCAGCAACCUUGACGAGAAGGAUGCCGAGGUGUUCCUGCCCACCGCGCAUCCUAGCGGCUACAUCAAAGCCAAGAUCGAACGCUCGCCGUCGGCCAAGCUCUGA